AUGAGACCGGCUCGAGACAACGUAUCAGGUGCUAGCCUGGGGGUUCCUGCUGACUUGGCGCGGAGCGCUUCGGCAAGCCUGCCCUUCCCGCCCGACUCGCCGGCCGACCGGCCCCCAAGCGUUCUUCCGACGGAGUCCCCUGGCCUUUUCACCGUGGCUGCUCCAGCCCCCGGAGCGCCUUCUCCUCCCGCCACUCUGGCACACCUUCUUCCCGCCCCGGCCAUGUACAGCCUGCUGGAGACUGAGCUCAAGAAUACCGUGGGGCCACCCACCCCGGCGGCAGGUGCUGGCGGCCCCGCAGGGCCCGGCGGCGCGGGAAAGAGCAGCGCGAACGCAGCCGGCGGCGCGAACGCAGGCGGCGGCAGUGGCGGCGGCGCGAGCGGCGGCGGCGGCGGCGGGGGCAGCGACCAAGACCGCGUGAAGCGGCCCAUGAACGCCUUCAUGGUGUGGUCCCGCGGGCAGCGGCGCAAAAUGGCCCUGGAGAACCCCAAGAUGCACAACUCUGAGAUCAGUAAGCGUUUGGGUGCCGACUGGAAACUGCUGACCGACGCCGAGAAGCGGCCGUUCAUCGACGAGGCCAAGCGACUGCGCGCCGUGCACAUGAAGGAGUACCCGGACUACAAGUAUCGGCCGCGCCGUAAGACCAAGACCCUACUCAAGAAGGACAAGUACUCGCUGCCCGGCGGCCUGCUGCCCCCCGGCGCUGCCGCGGCCGCCGCUGCCGCCGCCGCCGCCGCCGCCGCCAGCAGCCCGGUGGGCGUGGGCCAGCGCCUGGACACGUACACACACGUGAACGGCUGGGCCAACGGCGCGUACUCGCUGGUGCAGGAGCAGCUGGGCUACGCGCAGCCCGCCACCAUGAGCAGCCCGCCGCCGCCACCCGCGCUGCCGCAGAUGCACCGCUACGACAUGGCCGGCCUGCAGUACAGCCCCAUGAUGCCGCCCGGCGCCCAGAGCUACAUGAACGCGGCCGCCGCGGCCGCCGGAAUGAGCCUGGGCCCCAUGGGCACGGUGGUGAAGACCGAACCCAGCUCACCGCCGCCCGCCAUCACUUCGCACUCGCAGCGCGCGUGCCUCGGCGACCUGCGCGACAUGAUCAGCAUGUACCUGCCACCCGGCGGGGACGCGGCUGACGCCGCCUCGCCGCUGCCUGGGGGCCGCCUGCACAGCGUGCACCAACACUACCAGGGCGCCGGGACUGCCGUCAACGGAACCGUACCGCUGACCCACAUCUGAACGCCAGACCGCGCUCGCCUCCCCUCCGCCCCCACCCCAUCCCGCACCCCCAAGUUGGGACGCCUUGUUGUUUAGCUUUGCUUGCCUGGGACUGUUGCCUUGUACUGAUGAGGGGAGGACAGAAAGUUUUGCUGUAGCUGUCGGGUUUUGUACAAAAGCUAAAAGAAGUCCGGAGCAGCGGAAAUGGGACUUUCUAGAGCUCGCCUGCCCCUCGCUGCUGCCCCUCCCUCUCCUUUUGUAGGCUGGGAAUCGCUGUGAUGUUUGCAAAGAGAAAGCAGCCCCCCUCCUCCUGGGUUCCUGGGUUUUUCUGUUGCAUUUGAAAAUGUCGUCUCCUUACUUUGCUCUUAGCCGAGGAGUGAGUGGAUGGGAGAAACGUACUCGGGUGAGGCUGGCCUGAGAACUGCAACGCUCCCUCCCCCAGUCGCGUUGCAUCUGUUUCCUCGUGGGUUUUUGGGGGACUGACCGCGCGGAGCUGCGCGGCAGCUAAGGCCAAUGUUAAUUUAUAGCCAGGUAUAUGCGUGUGUAUCCCGCUUCGCCGCCCUUGGCGGCGGGACAGUUUCUGUCCAGUCCGCAUUUAGGCUGUUGAGUUGGUGGUUUCUGCCAUGAUCUGUUUGAUAUUUCGACGCGCUAAUGUAUUCGGAUUUCGUUUGGGUGGUGGGGAAGGGGCUGUUUUGUUUCAGGUUUUUCCAGGUUUCACUCUUAAUUCCUAAA